CUUCUAUUGUUCCUACUUGUUCCUACUUAGCAUGGUGCUUACCUAAAGUUAUUUAACUGUCGUGCCCCUCCAGCCUCAGUUCGAGACUUCCCUAAAAACAGACCCACCUCCACAUCCAACCAACAUACAUCAUCAAUCCUCUGCCGUCUUUAAACUUCUACUUCGAUUCUUCCUUGUCCACACCAAGUUGUGAGGACAAAAGCAUCGGACAUACGCAUCUACAGCCUCUAUUUGGUUUCGCCACCAAGUUUUUGCAAUCUCAUACUUAUUUCGACCACAGAAAACUAAUCAUCUCAAUCCAACAUCAUCAUGGGUGAAUCCGAAGCUCCUCCCGCCGCCAACUACAUCCGACUUCAGUCAAAUGAUAACGUCAAGAUCGAUGUUGAGAAGGCUGUUGCGGAGCGAUCGCUCCUAAUCAAGAACAUGCUUGAGGAUCUUGGUCCUAACGCUGAGGGACAGACUAUCCCCAUCCCCAACGUGACCGAGCCUGUCCUUCGCAAGGUUAUCGAGUGGUGUGAGCACCACCGUCACGACCCCCCUGCCUCGAACGAGGACGAGUCCGAUAAUCGCAAGAAGACGACCGAUAUCGACGAGUGGGAUCAGAAGUUCAUGCAAGUCGACCAGGAAAUGCUCUUCGAGAUUAUCCUCGCCUCUAACUACCUCGAUAUCAAGGCAUUAUUGGAUGUUGGGUGCAAGACUGUCGCCAACAUGAUCAAGGGCAAAUCCCCCGAGGAGAUUCGCAAGACGUUCAACAUCACGAACGACUUUACCCCCGAGGAGGAAGAGCAGAUUCGUCGUGAGAACGAGUGGGCUGAGGAUCGAUAAAUGCCCCAAGUCACAUAUCCGGUUGUUUUACGAUUGCUUAAUCUUGACAUUUAUCAAGUCUUAUCAAGUGAUAUGA